GAUGAGGGGGGAACACCUGCUGCCCAGACUGUCCUGUGAGAGCCCUACCUCUUCUGUGACCUUACUGAGGUACAAGGGUUUUUCCUCAGGGUUCGAGGCAGCUGUGUCUGUGAUGUUGGGCUAUACAAAUAAAAUGGACUAGACUUAACAUGACUUUGCCAAACUGCUGCCUGAAUAACAGACGAGAUUUGCCACACUGCUCACAUGAGUGAGACCCACUGCUCUCAAUAGAGCUCUUGCCUAACACUUGCAGACAAUACAAUUAUACAGCUUAUCUCUCUCACACAUAAAAAAAAACACUUUUGUAUCUGUUUCAAAAUAAAAGCACUCUGCAGAUAUUCUAUUAUCUGAAUUCAUUCUUCUUUUUCCCCCCACACUGCUUAUUGCAUCUGAGUUGCAUCUCAGACUCAGGGCAGAGUCUGUGUAGGUUCUUUCAUCAUUUUUUUUCUCUCUCACACACCGAGUUUGUGCAGCUACUCUUAUUAGGACACUGCUUUGAACUCCAUUAAUUUCACUUAGUCAGGUCUUGAAAUGCCUGGCUUGUUGGGGACAUUUGAUUGUAUACAAGAGAAGAGUGUUUAUUUACAGCUGCAUGUAAAUGCUGAUAUACACUCACCAACUCACCAGCCACUCUUUUAUUUCCCUCAUGUUGGGAUUUGGCACUAUACAAUUAGGUCCCAAACUGGGGUGAGGACUCAGCGUAUUAUUUUUUCUUUUUCAAGAAAAUUAAUUGAAUACUGGUCACAUGGUCAAUGGCAGUGAAAAAUCACAUGUUUUAGGUCAUUUAAAGUUUAAAGUUGAUGGAAGGAGGUCAUGUACAUGGACAUAUGUCACUUGCCUUACACUUCUCCUCAGAUAACAACAAAAGCCCCAACAAGAGCAAGUGAACAAGACCAGGGCCUGGUUUGUGCUGUGUUUUGACAUGCAAGGAAAGACUUGGGGAGAACAUCUAAUGCUGCUUAUAUUCUGUAUUUAAUUUGAAAUGGAAGUUACAGUUUCUUCAUGAUCUAUUAAGUAGUCAAAGCUAUUUGUGAGUAACCCCUUUUUGGACAGUAUUGACAUAAAUCUGUGGAUUUGUUGUUUCCCUCAGAAACAUAACUUGCUGAGCAGAUUCUGUGGUCUGUUGAGGGUGAGGGCUGAUGAUUUGUCAUUGCAUUCCUAGCAGCGUUUUAUUUCUUUCUCUUUAUUUCUAAGACACCAAAGCAAUUAGACAAUGAUCCUUGCUCGAACACCCUAACAAAUAGUCUCUUAAUCUUUUUUACAAUUCUGUUUCUGGUUUUGGUUUUGACUUUUGAACCUGUGAUUCCUUUGUCAGUGCUUUUCUUGACUUCUUCAGAAACAUGACUUGUAGAGGCAAAUGAAGUCUCAAUAGUGUUGACAUCCGAGUAAACGCUCCCCUGUGGUCCCCCUGAGGCCUCUUCUAAGAUCACUGCAGGUGAUGGUUCCUCAUUGCUAGGUCUUGUGUCACUGCCAGGAGCACCUGCAGUAGUGGGGUCAGAAUCUGUGCAAUAGGUAACCACUUCACAUAAGAUUGCUAUGGGUGAUGUUUUCUCAUCGCCUGGUCUUUUAUUACUGUCGUCAGCAGUGCUGAUAGCUGCAUCAGUGAGUCCAUCUUUUGUGUCUGAUAAAGCUGUGUGUGAGGUUUCUUCAUCAGUAGAUCUGAUAUCACUGCCAGUACUAGUUCUGUCAGCUGCAGCAGUGGGUCCAUCAUUUGGACAAAUGGGUAUGGCUUUAUCUGUGAUAGCUGUGGGUGAUUGUUUCUCAUCGCUUGGUCUCCUGUCAUUGUCAGCUGUUCUGUCAGCUGCAGUAACAGGUCCACUGUUUUUACAAAUGGUCAAGACUUCAUUUGAAAUAGUUGUGGGUGAUUGUUUAUCAUCGCUUUGUCUAUUAUCAUUGUAAGCAGCAGUUCUGUCAGCUGCAGCAGUGGGUCCAUCAUUUGGACAAAUGGAAGUAUCUGUGGAUGCUGUGGGUGAUGGUUUCUCAUCACGGGGUAUGGUAUCACUGCCAGCAGUAGUUAUCGCCGCUUCCUCUGAGAUCACUUUAGUUGAUGGUUUCUCAUUGGUGGGUCUCUCAUCGCUGCCAGCAGCAGCUGGAGCACUGAGUCCAGCAUUUAAAUGAAUGGUGAUGUCUUCAUCUAAAGUAGCUCUGAGUGAUGGUUUGUCAUUGCUGCUGGGCCUGUUCUCUCUUCCAGCAGCACCUGCAGCAGUGGGUCCAGUGUUUGCAUCUAAGAGAGUCGUGCCUGCCGUGCCUGGUUUCUCAUCACUGGAUCUGAUAUCACUGCCGGUGCUAGUUCUAUCAGCGACAGCAGUGGGUCUGUUGUUUGUACUAAUGGUAAUUGUUUCAUCUAGAAUAGCUGCGAGUACUGUGGGUAGUGGUUUCUCAAUGCUUGGUCUGUUUUCACUGCCAGCAGUACUUUUGUCAGCUGCAGCAGUCGGUCCAUUGUUUGUACUUGUGGUAGUAGCUUCAUCUAAGUUAGCUGUGGUCAUAUUAGUUGAUGGUGUCUCUUUGCUGAAAGCAGACGUUGCCUCAUGAGCUGUAGAGUCACCAUAACGAUUAGUGAACGGAGCUCUCUUGAACAGCCAUGAGACAAAUUUGUGAAUCGUCUUGACAAACCAGUUUUUGGGUUUGGCUUUUGAAUCUGUGGUGCCUUCAAAGAUGUUGUCUUCAAAAGGUGAAGGACUUUCAGAUAUGAGUGGAGUCCCGAGUGAAGUGUCAUCCAAGCCACUCACAAUUGUAUGCCACUGUGGUCUGUAAUUUCUGCCGGUAGCAGCUCUGUUGGCUGGAGCAGCGUCUAAGCCAGAUGUCUGCGGUGGUUUCCCAUUGCAAGCAGCAGCUUUUUGUUGAUCAGGUGAGUCACUCGGAAAGCAUUUUGUAGUGAUAAAAGGAUGUGACAGAGCUUCGCUGGGAUUGAUUCUUUUUCGCGGAUCCACUUGCAGGAUCUGUGUCAGGAAGCUUAGAAAGGCCUUCGAGUCUUCAUACUCGGCAUUACCUAGGCGAGUCAUCACAAUGUCUUUGAGACAACUAAAUGGCCUUGAUGACAGGUUAUUCACUGGCCAAUGAACAGAGACACUGCUAUCAUAAUUCCAUGACUCAUUCCCUGUUGAACAGCUGCACUCUCUUUUCAGCUUCCAGGUGUCUUUUUCUGCUCUGGAAAAAUACUUAUGAGUAUGCAUUCCUUUAUUCAGCAGGUGAUCAUCAGGUUGACCAAGCAACUGCACAAUUUCUUCCACGGUCCCCAGUUGGCAUGUUCCUGAAAACAAAUUUGCAUUGAUGUACAUGCUGACUAUAACACAGCCAAGAGCCCACAUGUCUACAGCCUCAUUGAGAGGAAGGCCCAGGUAGACCUCAGGGGCCCGGUGCUCUGGGAUAUACAAGAUAUCACCAACACACAGUCCUUUAACAUUACAAGCCAAGCCAAAAUCAAUCAGCUUCACCUUAAAUGGAUGUAGCUCAUGAUUGACUAACAUUAUGUUGUCUAACUUGAUGUCCGUGUGUAUCAUUUCUAUUUCCCUGAGAGUGUCCAACGCCACCAACAUCUGUUGUGUGAUAAUCUGAAUCUCAGACAAACGAAAUGGCCUUUUACUUUUCUUAAACAAAUCCAGCACAGACUUGUCUAGUUUUUCAAAUUCCAAAAAAACUUUUCCAUUGAGCCCAAAAUGCCCAUUAAACCGAACCAAGUUUGUCGUGUCUGGGUCGAACCCCCUGAGUUGUUCAAGGUUGUGUACUUCACCUUGACCAAUCUCAGCUUGAUUUAUAACUUUAACAGCCACCAACUCAUUAGUCCCUGAUCUUCUGCACUCAUACACAAAUCCAAAAGCACCGUUCCCCAGGAGCUUCUUCACUAAAUAACCGCGCGAUUCCAAAUUUGAUACAUCGUUAUUUUUGGUUUUGUCAGGAGGAGGAACUGUCUGCAUUUCCAACUGUCGACAGGUACUGACCAAUGAAAGAAAGAAAACAAUAUGAUCCUGAGUCUAGACUUCUGAAUUGUUUUUUUCCUUCUUUGCUGUUUUGCAGCAGUUGGCAUCUGUUAUUUUGCAUUGCUGCGUCCUUGUAGAUUCUUCUUCUUUUUUUGGGAUCUUUCUUCUGUCCUUUCCUGUUAGUUCGCAGUGAUGUUUAACGGCAGUUGAUUAGCAGGCGCGUCCAUAAUGUUGCAUUACUGCCGCUUUCUGGAUUCUUCCUUCUGAGGUUCUAUUCUUCAUUGUGGUACAACCUCAGAUUAUAUCUGAUGAUGUCAUCCUCAGUUUUCCUUUGAUGGUUUUCAUCCAUUGGCCAGUGGCCAUGAGUACUGUGAGGCAGGUGCACCAGGCAGUUGGUGUUGUGGGUGGGAAGAUGCAGUUUGUUCUUGCUCUUCUUUUAUUUUAACAGCAAAGGGAGUAAGCCAAUAAACAGUAGACAUACCUUUGUAUGUCUGUAAAGUAGUGGGAAGAGUAAUGUCUGCAGUAAAUAUGUCUUUCCAUUCCAUGUCCUCACCAUUGGCUCAACAGCAAUACCUUGUGUAUUCUUCUGAGAAGUUCACACCAGUACCUCAUUUUAGUUCUAACCUAUCACUUCUCAUCACCUGUUAAACAACUUGCCCAAAGCUGGGGUGUGUCAUUUUCUCUUCAGCCCUCUCUAGUUGCUUUCUAGUUCUUUCUUAGAUGACAAGAGAACUGCAGGUCACAACAUCUGUCUAGCUAUAGUUUAAAGGAGAGGAAGUACACUUGUUCUUGAUCCUUAGUUACCACCAUGGAUGAGAGUAGUGUGUCUGUGCUGUGGUACAGGAGGUCCAAACCUCAGGGGAAGGUAAGGCAACGUGUUCGAGACCUCCGCACCUCUCCCUUGUGUUACAGUGACUUCAUACCAAUCAGACCAGUGUUGGACCUGAGUCACAACGAGAGUGCUCGGCUAGCAAUGGACUGCCUGCUCAGCCAGGGAUUAGAGGAAUACCACCAGGUGUUAAGAGCAGAGGGAGAAGCAGACUUUCUGUCGGAGAUGGAAAAGAAAUACGUCCUGGAGAAUGGAAGAGAGAGCAACACAGGUUCUGAUCCCGGUGUAUCUGACGACGAUGACUACAAACAUUUAGAGAGUUGGUCAGCCGGUUCUCAGUCUGCCUCAAUGUUCACUGCUGCAGUGUCCACAGGCGAGUCACCAGCCUGUAAGUCCGUGAGGCGAGAUGAGAUAUGUGCCAGUUCUGACCUGGGUGAGCCCAGAGUUGAGCUUUAUUUCCAGUCUGAUAACCGAGCAGCUGGAAUGAAAGACCUGAUCAGACAGUUCAUCAGAAAGGCUAAAACGACCCUGGCCAUAGUAGUGGACAGCUUCACGGACAUUGAGCUGCUCUGUGAUCUCCUGGAGGCCAGCAGGAAGAGGAAUGUGUCAGUCCACCUUCUGCUCGACCAUCUCAACCUCAACAUGUUUGUCACUAUGUGGCAGGAUCUCAAACUCAACAGCAAAAAAUUCCCUAAACUGUCUGUGCGCAGCGUUGAUGGACAGACGUACUGCGCCAAGACGGGCAUGAAGCUGACUGGUCAGAUUGCUGAGAGUUUUAUCAUCACUGAUUGGGCUGAGGUGCUGACCGGUUCAUACAGUUUCUCCUGGCUGUCAUGGCAGGUCCAUCGGAGUCUUGCCGUUCUCAUAAAUGGCAGCGCUGUCACACCUUUCCUUCAGGAGUUCCACAGACUCUACUUCAGCUCCAAACCUGUGCCCUGCUUUGUCACACUUAUCACUGUGCCUCGCACGCUCUCACUCUACAUCCAAUCACAUGUGACCCAGAAUGGCAAUGCUGGCAUAAGCGAGUUGAAAUCCUGCCGAGCCAAAACGAUGGACCUCUUGUCUUGUACUGGAGAUGCUGAAGAGACCCAGACCACAGCAAAAACAGCAUUUUCAUUCAAUCUAAAGAACGUGGAACUGGAACACAGCAAAAGUGAUAACCACGUGGCAGCUACACAGACAAAACCUCCGACUCCAUGUCUAAAACCCUUGCUUCAACAGCGGUGUGCUUCCGUGGCAUCGCCAAAGCAGAUAGUGACCAGUGUCUCUGCACAGCAGGACGCAAAUACACACGUGGAAAAGAAUCGAAACCAGAUCCAGAAUCACUCAAAAACUCGCGUCUCACACAAUCAGCUUCAGCCUGCCAUCUUCAACAUCACCACCACCACAACUGGAAGAAAUGCAACGGGUCAUGAGUCAAAUUGUGGACACGCUGCAAAUGUCAAACAACCGCAAAAAAACGUCUCUUAUCAGUCAACUUCGAAGAAUCUCAAUUGUGACACUCUUGGUAUUGAAAGACUUUUCAUUUGCCAUAGGAAUAGAGACCGACUGAAGUUGCCAGGGAUGACUGCAUAUCUCAGUGCAGUAAGAAGACAACGGAACCACUCACUUAACCUCAGAUUGAAAAAGGAAAUUCAAUCUGAUGAUAAUUCCAAGAUACUGUCUCCUCCUGCAUCCCAGCAGAAACCAGCAAAGUCAGGUCGUCAAUUCCCUUUGACAUAUUCAUUGACAGGACACACAUCUGGGCUCCAAACCAAAGUCUCCUCGCUGGAAAUCUGGCCUCCACCACGGCUUAACUGGCUCCUCCAGAGACACACUGCAAGACCCAGGCCAGUGGCUCGAUCCCAUUCCUUUGACACCAGGAACGGGACGGGUGGACAACCAGGCUGCAGGCCAGCACUCGGUUACAUAACUACAUCACUGAGAAGAAGCAAGAGCUGGACUGAGAAACACUCAGCAGGAUUCAAAGGACAGGACUAAAUCCAGACAUGAUCAAGAACUGACAGAAAUUAACACAUGUGGUCAUUUUAAAGGCCCAGUGUGUAAGAAAUCGUGACAUCCAAAGGUGAGAGUGGAAAUUGUAAAAAGUGGAGGAGUCUUCUGCUCCCCUUUUUCCAAUGUGGAAACACCCUUUCCUAAAGUACAUAUAAAAGGUUUAUUCUAAGGCAACAAAAACCUAAUUAUAUUUUAUUUUCGAGUGAUUAUACACUUCUAUCUUCUUUCUAUACAUACUUAUGUGUAGUUUAU